AUGACAGAUGUAUGGCCAAUGUCAGAUACAGCAUCAGUUGAGAGCACUGAGAAAGAAAGAUUGUUGAACUUCACCCACAGUGAUUUCUCUUUCAGACUGCUAAACGACGACCCUAUUCUUGCCGGUCAACCUUCUAUAACUCAUCGAGUAACACACUACUCAGGGCCCAUCCGGUCGUCAGCAUUUCAACUAAAGAACUUAGACUUGCAGAAUGAAGUACAGGAUCCGAAUUGGCAUUGCAUCGAAAUCAGCGAAGACACCGGUACUGCAACGCCGAGCGAUAGCGGUAUUCGAUCUGUACUCAAAAUCCCCCGCAGGGGUCGCAACAUGUGUAGAGGAUACUGGCAGCAAUUCAUUGAAGAGGCAUGGGGACAAGACCAGAUAACUGGAUACAGAAAGUGGUGGGACACAAGAAUUUUCAACAAGUUGAAAGCUUUCGGAAAUGCUCGGGUAGAAUUUCCAUUGGAGUUUUACGGGCACAUUCUGGACGUCGAAGAGAUGGAGGGGGGCUUGAAGUUCAAUUUCAGUGAACUUCCGGAAUACGGCGAGCCAUCGACACUAGGAUUGGUAGUUGUUGCUUCUUGGAUUGGACAGGGGUUUAAAGGGAGCAACAUCGAUUGGACACAGGUCGCAGAGGGGUUGAGCGCCGAUUGGAUUGAGCAAGGUGGAUUAGAGUUAAGUGAUCAGCCCGGAUGUACUAUAGUGCCCCAUUAG